ACUUCCCAGUUUCUCGAUCGAUGCUAUUCACACCGCUUCCUAUACAAUCAAAGAGAGUUUCUCACCAGUAAAGUAUCGCUAGGACACAAGAGAUACAAACCUGCACUGGAGACUACGUUACACAUCAUCACCCCGCAUCGUCAUCGCGGCUGAGAUCUAAUUAUAUCUCGUAUCAAAGCGCUCAGGGCAGCACUGGAAGGAAGCUACAUCAACCCCCCAAGCAGAAGCUGAACUCCAAGUCACAACAACAGCUACAGCCAAACAGUCAGGAACCAUGAUGGAUCUUCAGCAUCAAUCCCAUUUCUCUGCCUUUACGCGCUUCUCCGAUAUGCUCAAGGACACGACUAAUCGGCGCAAACAAAGCGCAUCCGGCCACUCCAUCCGCAAUCCUUCCAUCACAGCUCUGCCCGUAGACGCAGACGCCUCAUCAAUGCGCUCCUGGGACUCUGAGAUGUCGCGAGACAGUCGCCGCAGCAGCAUAGGCAACUACGCAGACCGUGUACGCCAAAUGUUCGACAGAACAUCCACCACACACCACGGAAACGGACAAAGAAAGGGUAUGACAGACCUCCCCGCCGAAGUACUCCAGACCAUAUUCAUCCACCUCGAUUUCUGGGAUUUGCUUCGUGCCAAGCGCGUAUGCAACGUGUGGCGGCAACUCAUCCCUGGUGACUCUCCUUUACUAGCGGAAAUGCUCUACUUGAAGCCGUCCCGUGGGUUACAAAUAUAUAAUAUGGUCCCUACUACUUUUGACCUUGAGCUCGAGAUUACGCCGCAAAGCAUAGAGGAUGGAUUCCAGCCUUCUGGAACGCGUUUUUCCGUCGGCGUACGCAAUGAGAUCAGCCUAAUGAGGAGAUGCUUGGGCCUUAUACGGACCAGUCAGGAGAUUGUUUUCCAUCCCGUGGUUAUGGAUUUUAAUGUUUGGAUUAAGAACGAGAAGGUCAUGGGGGCGAAGGAGGGGUCGUGGAGGGACAUGUUGGUUUCUAUGCCGCCAUUGAGAGAACUUACAUUGAGGCAUGGUCGAAAGAGAAAUGUGGUCAAGGUAUUGACUGCGGGAGAAGAUGAGGAUGGAGUUCGGUUGGGUGCGCUAUUUGAUGUCAUGGACGAGUGGAUGCGGAGGAUGAUAUAAGUCAACGAGUUGUCACAGGAGUGUAGGUGCUGGUCACCUUACUC